AAAAAAAAAAAAAAAAAAAAAACGUCAUGCUUCACGAUAUCGUAUUUUUUUUUUCUUCUUUUUUUUAUAUACACUUAUACACAAAUUCUAUUUCUAUACAUCAUGUCAGCUAAAUUAACUUAUAUUCGAGCUAAAAGAGAAAAGACAAAUGUAUUUUUAUGCAUUCAAAAAUUAGAUUCAGUGGACGAUGUGAAAGCAAAAUUAUGUAAAGCACUUUCUAAUGAAAAAAAACCAGAAGAAAUAAGAUUACUUGUCAAUGGAACAAAAGAGGAAUAUACUAUUUUAGAAAAUACAAAAUCUCUAGAAAAUAAUCAAGUCGUUUACUAUGUUUAUUUUGAUAGAAACGAAGGCGAAUGGGAAAAAGUGAAUGUUAUAGAACCACAAUUAUUAGAUGAAGAUGAAAUCCAAGAUGAGGAACAAAUUACAAAAAAGGAAAAAGGGAAAGGCAGAGCUUAAUGCAAUAAUUGUAAUAAUAAACAAA